GAAAUAUUCCGUCAUUGCCAACAUGGCGGAUUAGCUUCUGGUCUGUCAGGAUCCUUUCCCUCGUCGAUUAAUGGCUAUUUAAUCCUCACUGACGAAACUAUAGUCGGCAGGUCCCGAUGUUUCGCCGCUCGAGGUUUAGCGUUCGUCCCAAUGUGGGCGGGGUCGGGAGGACGGCGGCUUCGUCGCAAGAAACCGCACCGUCAAGUCAGGAGGCCAAAGAGGCUCCUCCGAAAGAUGUCGAGGAGAACGCGGCGGCCUCCACGGUGACUGACAGCAAACCCAUUGACGCGCCUGAAGCUAAAUCUACCACCGUGAGUGAUGGAAACGAUCCAAGUGGGGAUGGCACCAGCUCCUCAGCGGCUGUCCAGAGGAGGAAACGCUUCUCUGUCAAGCCCAGAGUGGGCCCGGGCCGCCUCGCUGCCAUCACUCGAACGCCAAAGUCCCCUGCCAAGGUGGACUCUAAAAGUCCCCCGAAAGAUUCAGAACUUGAGCCACAAUGUGAAGCUCAAGCGGCACAGUCCGGGGCUCAGUCACCGACGCCGCCUGAGCCCGAACCUGAGCCUGAACCUUCUGCCGAUUCAGAACAAGCAGCUGCCAUCUCUGCUGACCACUCCCCAAAAGGAAUAAAACAAACAGACAAGGCUUUGGUGCCGUCAGACGAUGUGGUCUUCAAAGUUCCCCCCAGGCCACCGGAUAAAGAAGCGACGGCAGUGUCGGAAAAAGCCAGGACUCUCCUGUCGACAAAGAGCGAGAAGUCGUUGAUUCCCCGAUUCUCCCUGAGUCGACUUUUGAACGACCCGUCGGACAUUCAAAGGAUGGAAAAAGCUCUCAAACUGCGCAAAAUGCUCAGACAGGAGAUGCGGAAAGAAAAGCGUGCAGAGAAAGCAAAGAGGAAGAAUGACAAUGAAUACACUUUGGAUCCUUCCAAAAUGACCAUGAGGGAUCUCAUCCGCUACCUGCCAUCGUCCAACCCUAUGUCGUACAGUUUAGAGGACGACCCUCAGGGCAACAUGACUACGGUUUCCCCGGAGAAAUCGACCGAAAGAGUGCCGAAAUUGAACCCGGAGGUUGUCCCGGAGACGAGAAGACAGGCGGAGGAGGAAGAGGCAGCAGCGGAGGAGGAGGAAGAAGAUGAUGCGAUGUUGAUGCCGCGGAUCAAAGUGGCCGAAGACGGCACUCUGAUCCUGGAUGAGGAGAGCUUGACCGUGGAGGUCAAGCGAACCAAAGGACCGAACCCGGCGGAAGGGCGUGACCCCAUCUUCGAGCGCGGCUCCACCACCACCUACUCCAGUUUCAGGCCGUCCACCUACUGCAAGCCUUGGACCAGCGAAGAGACAGACAUGUUCUUCCUAGCGAUCAGCAUGGUGGGAACCGACUUCUCCAUGAUCGGCCAGCUUUUUCACAACAGAACCCGGACGGAGAUACGGAACAAAUUCAAAAAAGAGGAGCGACAGAACUCGUGGAGAAUCGACAAAGCUUUCCGAGAGCGACGCAAGCUGGACAUCGAGUAUUUCACGAAGCUGCUGGAGAAGAUUCUGGAAGUCCAAGCCAACAGGAAGAAGCUCAAGUCGCUGGUGAGGAAGAACUCGCAGAAGAGCUCAAAGGUUGCAAAGAGCAAAGAGUUUCUGGACGAUCUCCUCGACAGCGAGGAGGAGGAGGAAGACGAGGAGGAGGAGGAGAUUGAUGACAUCUUGAACUCGGAGGCGGAGGACGGAGAGAAAGAGAACGACGCGGAUGGUAAGGUCCUCGCCUCCAAGGCCGGGAGGAAACGCAAACGGAAGACUGCGGAGGACGUCUCGGAGCGAAAGAGCAAAAGCAAAGCGGGUGAAAAGAACAACGGAGAAGACGAUGCCUGCACACCUGAAGAUGCAGAGGCAGCCCUUCCUGAGGAUCAACCCGAUUCACAAGUGUGUGAAAUUACGGACAAAUCGGCCGAGAGCACGACGAUUAAACCCGCCAAACUCUCACGAGGCGGCGCGGCCAAACCACUCCUGCCCCUCGGCCGAAAGUGGAGUAAGAAGCUCCCACCCGGUCCGACCGCCGCAAAGGCAGAUGACGACGCGUCGGCGUUAAAGGACGGCGGUGUGGCGGACCAAGCCUCGAAUGAGCAGAUGAACAAAGAGACGCCACCUGAAGGAGUCGAUGAGAAGGAGAACGGUGAUGAUGAUGAUAAUGGCGGUGUUUCCUCUGGUGAUGAAGAUUACACCGCUAAACCUGCAAAACCCACUCGGUACGGGAGAGUCCCCAAGACUCCCAGCCUCUUAAAUUACCCCGUCAAAGAAGAAGGGUCCGCCUCGAAACCUGAGCGAAAACGCACCCCCAAGAGGUCCAGAUCUGCGACGGCGCCCUCCACCGCCCCGUCGUCCAAAAAGUCCAAACUUAUUACCCUGCGAGCAUCCCAGUCUGAAUCCAGCGAGGAUGAAGACGAGCAGCGCCAGCAGAGAGAUGAAGAAGAAGCCUUUGUGCCCGCCUGCCUUCGCUCCCCCUUGGUUGUCGUCCCACAGGUGGACGAGACAAUGGAGGAGCUUGAUAUCUUGGGCAACAUGUCUGAUGUGUUGGACAUUUCCCAAGAGGGACUCUACCCCAAUUCCCUCUGUGAGGGGGACAAAAGUGAGACAGGGCCACCUGAACCCUGCGUGCAUCAGUUGGACCUCCUGGUCGACGUUAUUGACUUAAUGUCUCCCGAACACCCCCAAGUGUCCGAGGUGGAGAGCUACAACGAGGCUGCUCGGACCUUGCUGGCCAUCGGCAACGUGUCUCACCCCUCUCGGUCGGAGACGCCGCCUGAGCAGACAACAAAGAGCGGAUCGGAGAGCGCGAACGAGACCGACAAACUCCUGGAGGAAGAGAUAGCGGAAUUCAUCGAGGAAAACGCUUCCAGACAAAUUCCAUUUUCAUUAACAGACGACGGAGUCGGUCGGACGACGGACACUCCCACCUUAGAGCCCACAGAACCUUCACCUCCAAAUGCUGAAAGCGUGCAGAAUUACUCGGCUGCGGUCGCAGAACCACAACCCGAGGAGUCAAACACACCUUUGCUACAAGAAAGUGGCGAUUGUAACACUGCCAGUCAAGAAGCACUUCAAUCUCAGAAAGCGACCAGGAGUCGGUUCCCAAAGGUCAAGCCAAAACCGAACCUUUCACAAAUAUCAAGGAGUACACGGCCUAAACCUCAGACUGCGAAAGAAACUCGCCCGUCGCCAGAUCCGGAACCCACUUCGAAAUCAACAGCUGAAGUCGAACCACGGCCAGCAUCUUUAGAGACACCAGAAUUGCCUUCUAGCGAGACCAUGGUCAAUGUAUCAAGUGACGCAAAGUCCGCAGAAGCUGAUGCCCUUGAAAGAAGUCCGGAUUCUGAAGCAGCUCUUCAAGUCAAAGCCGAAGCCUCAAAGACACCUUUGCUCCAAGAAGGUGGACCAGUUGACGCUGCCAUGCGGGAAGAAUCAAAAAGUCAGAAACCAGAGGAACCGACUCCAAGUGAGAAGGAAAUAUCCGUACUUAACACAGACGAGACAAAGUCCAAAGAUUCCGACGCACUUGAAAGUGGUCGGAGUAAUGACCAGGAGGCAUCUAAAGCUGCUGUCGCCCAACCCCAGGCCGAAGAAUCCAAUCAAUCUUUGGAGCAAAACGACAGCACCGUGCAAGAGUUACCCGAAAGUCAGAACCCGAGCAAAGUUGUUUCCAGAAGAAGUCGAUUCGCAAAGGUCAAACCGAACCUGCAGAUAUCCAGAAGCUUGCCGUCUAAAUCUCAAAGCACAAAAGAACCAAGCACAUUGUCGGAUCUCGAAUCCACUCGCGAAGCAACAGCUGACGUAAAAGCACCUCCGACUUGUUCCUCCGCGCAAGAACCAGGCCACGGUGUCGAUUCUUCACCCAAAGUCCGACCCAACUCGGCGUCCGCCGCUCGGUCAAAGGAUGGACCGGAUGAAGCCUCCAUUGUAACCUCAGACUGUCAAACAGUGGAGAUGUCCACGUUGUCCAUUAUUGAAGCUCAAACUGGUGAAGAUCCAGCAGUGGGCCAGGAAACGGCAAACAUCUCUCCUCACCAGGACACGGUGACGGCGACUGGUUCUUUAAAUUCCACAGCUGACAGCCUCCCGUUAAACAUCACAAAGCCAGAUUCGGCCCAGGAAAGUUCUGGAACUUCUGAAGCAAAUCCAGUGAGCGGAGAAGCUCAAGCCCCCAAAUGUUCCCCUGUUUGUCCUGAAAGCACCGACGAGACUUUGUUGCCCAAAACCUCCGCGAUGAGACGAAGCAGGCUCGUUAAACCCAAGCCCAACGUCGGGCGCGGCGCUCGGCAGUCCCGGCAAGCGGCGGUCAAAACAGGAGCAGGGCAAGCCACUGUCUUGUCGACCCCACUAGAGGGCGCUGACAAUCAAGUUCAGGCUGCCUGCUCUACAUCAGAGAGUUUGGCACCAGCCCAGGAUGAUUCGGCGUCAAGCACCGGAGCAAAUCAAACUUCUGCAAGUCUUACAGUAUUCCCAGACACGCUGCCACAGGCGUCAGACACGGCCGAGCCCUUCUUCAUACUGUCCCUGACGGAAGUCCCGCUGGAUGAAUCUCCUCAUCAGCCCCCCCGGGCGGAACCAUCAGCGCAGCACAGCCAUGCUGAGGAGAGUGCGGUUGCAGGGCCGAGCCGUUCCCCAUCUAGCAUCCUUUGUGAGGAGAUGGCUGUCGCCACGAGUGAAGUCACAGAACAUCCAGGAGCACUUGCAGGAAGUGAAGACACGACCACCUCAGCUGUUACAAGUUCUCGGCAAAGGGGACCCAAAGGCUUCCUCUCCUUCCUGACGACGACAAGCAGCGCUGCCCGGUCCGAGUCACGUCGAGGCAGAGCGGCUUCGCGCCGACCGAACGUUCGUCAAAGUAUGCCCAGAAAGCGGGCGACGGCCACAACUGCCCAACCGGAGACGACACAAAGCACAACCGAGCCCGAGUCAUUAACGAUGGCAUCGCAAGCAUCAGCGAGUCCCUCUCUGGCUUCAACCGAGGUGUCGUCGUGUCGUCACGGCGACGGCGUGGCAGCCCAAGAGGAGCCCACCGACGUGUCCCAGUACUUCCUAAGUGACAUUUUCACCGAAGUGAACGAAACGUGACACGCACUCAUUUACCUUUCGUUUCCAACAUGCACUUCUCCAAAAAGUUUUUCAGCUUUGGGUGAACUUUCAGGGCGGUCCUAAAAUGCACUCCAACGGUGAACUUUCCUUGAUGGUUCCAUUUCGGUCCAUUUAAGCCCAAAGCCCAACGUCGCUAACUUUCUGUUGGUCCUGCAUUCUCAAUGUGCAGCAUUAAUUUAUUUUUUUUUGACGUGGGACAGCAGACUGUGAAAUAAUGUGAAGCAACAGCAACCUCCUCUUUUGUGCCCUUUUUUUUUUUUUUUAAAACAGGCCUUUUCAACACAAUACACGUAAAACCACCUUUCAUUGAGCGAAACGACACUUGAGCUAAUUAUGCAAUUGAAUGCAGAUAAAGUUUUGUUUUGGUUUUCUUUUCUUGUAACGCCUGACUAAAUAGUUCCUUUACGUUCCAAACAAACACCAGAACAGGUCUACGGGUGUUAGCCGUACCCAGUUUCGACUUUCCAAAACAAGCUAAUUAUACUGCCGUUGCUAAUUGGCGGCGCCAAACAUGACCACGUCAUUGGCUUUGAGCUACUUUUCACGAUGUUGACCAGCAGGGCUUAGUAAGAUUGUUCAAAUCUAUUUAUGGCCUUGCGACUGUAGGAAAUCUUAGAUCUUCACUGCGAUGUGGCAGGAAAAAUGUUAUGGCAGGUUGUCAGAUUGCCUGGUAGUGCCUAAAACAAGCAAAAUCUGAUCAUGUCAAUAAAUAGGCUUGCGUAACACCUAAAAAAGUGGUUGGUCCUUGUAUAUCUUGUUCCUUGUAUGUAUAAAGGAAAAGUGAUAAACAAACAGUGCAUAGAAUUGCAGCAUGGCAUUUAGCCAAAGGUCCAAAUCCAGUUCUCCACCUAUCCUCGGAUACAAAUAAUUUCUCCUAAAAUUCCCCUAAAGCUUAAAAUAUUCUGUCAAAUCUGUCUGUAACAUUCCAUUGAGUUUCAGCAAAACAUAUUUGGAAUAUUUGAUCCCGAGUGCGAUACGGCAGAUGUUUUUUUUUUUUUUUAUAUAAAAUAUUCUGUCAAAUCUGUUUAACAUUCCAUUGAGUUUCAGCAAAACAUAUUUGGAAUAUUUGAUCCUGAGUCUGAUACGGCAGAUGUUUUUUGUUUUUUAAAUCUGGUUUGCAAUCAUAACCAGCAUAGUAAGAAAAACAAAACAACUCACCCAUGCUGUAAUUUGGUACCGGAAAAUGUCGUAAUGUUUACAUAUUUUUACAAAUGACUCCGUGGAGUAUGUUAUUUCAAAAAAGUAUGGCUUGUUUAAAUAGGAGGACAAAUGGCCUUUUACUUACGCAAGACGCCAACAUUUCUCGCAUUGUCGUUAGCAAGGGAGAAACUUCCGACGAGACGUAAUUACAUAUUGGCAUCAGCGACCUGUUGGUUCUGUUUCCCAAGAUUGGUCUCUUUGUGGAAAGGCAAUUAAAUAAGGCACAAGCUGUUCUUACAAACAAAUCUUGACGGCUUUUGUUUUGCCGAAUGGCCAGAAUUCCUGCUAACAAUCGUGAGAAGCUUGUGGACGUUGAUCCAAAACGGUUGACGUCCAUUUUACAGUUUGAAAUACGAUAAACAAAAAAAUACCAAUGACGUGUAUGUCAACUUCUCACUUUAAAGGAAGUAAAACAAAAUCAAAUAUUUUUUUCCCCUCAGUCUGCCUUUUAGUAAAUAGAAAUAAUUAGAUCAUUUUAAUUGAUGUCGCACAGGAAAAAUUCAAUCUUUUGUUAGCUCAGACCGUGAGAAAAAAUAGAUAAAUAAUACUUUUAAAUGCCACGGAAGACAAAUGAAAGACUAUAAUACCUUUUUUUUUUUUCCCCAUGACACUGAUGGCGAGCCAAAACCAUCCCAAUUGCUUUGUUACUUCAUAUCCUCAUAGCGGCUUUAUUCUGUCUUCAUUUGCAUGUGUGUGACAGAAGAUUAUAAUAAUUCAAAUAAGGCGGCGGCUUCUCAAGUUAGGUGUGUAUUUUUUCGCCACCUGGCACGAAGCCAGCUAUCAGUCUUUAAAUGCUCAACCUUUACGAUUCCCACAUUGUUUUUUAACUUAAUUGUUGGUAUGGUUUAGGUGCGGUGCGCAAUUACUCGUCUUGUGAAAGAGCGAGAAUUUUCCGUCAUCUUAGAAAAACAAGACACAAGAAGAGGACUGGAUAUUUGGCCUUUAUUUCAAACUUGACUCUUUCAGUUGCCCAUUCUGGAAUGUUAAACAUUUGAAGGAGGAAUACUUGUUAGUUUAAAUGUGGGUAAAAAAAAUAUAUAUAUACAAAACAACCCCCCCCCCCCCUCUCCAUGGUGAACGGAUGUUCUUGAAACGAGUCACGAGUGUCACGUGGAGUUGGAGAUGAUUUUCUUGAGCUUCAUCACCUCCUCGCUGGUGAGGUGCAGCAUGGAGGCGGCCGAGCUGGAAUUCAUCAGUGAGUUCUUUGCCUCCGCCGCCUUCCGCCGAUUGGGCUCGCCGUCUCUCUGAUGGCUCGUUGUUACCGAGAGAUCGCGCGGAACCGGACUGGGGCUCCUGGGCGCUUGUUUGUCUUUAGCGGAGGCCUCCCAAUAAGACGGCGGUCUGAGGCCGCUCGAUGACAUGCUCACUUCUGGCUGGGGGAACCGAGAAGCCUCCGGAACGGCGCUCGCUUUCGAAAGAGGGGAAGGCAUUGCGAAGGUGGUGAAAUGAUUUUGGCUGGGGAUGUGGCGAAUCGUGGGUGUCUGGAUGUUUGGACUCGGCUCCUUUUUGUCCGGCACCCUGAGAUCUUCGAUGCUCCGCCGAUGGAAGUCGGGGUGAAAGAAAACCUGUCCCGGGUGCGGGUACUUGUUCUGUUGCGACACCUCCUGCAAGAGGCGAGGUAGCUGCUUGGGGUCGUGAGUCGCGCCCGGGGGGCCGUACGUCCGCAGCCAAUUGCGGAACACAGACAGGGGGAUCUCGAUCUCCAUUUUUCCGUCGUUUCCGGGAGGCGGGCAAGGCUGGACGUUUGGUUUCUUUGCCGCUGGACCCUCGUCUUGCACUUGGUACUCUGUCGGACUCUGCUUGGUGAAGCAGGUGCGACCGUCGGCCCUCGUUGUCAGGGUGCUGUCAAAGUCUGGACUACUUCUGGAGGUGAGGUCCACCACAAAGUCCUCCCUGGCCCUGGUGAGGUACGACGCGGCUCCGACCUCCACCGCCUGGUCCGGCUUCUUGGCGCCGUCCUUCCUCGCUACCUGCGAGUGCAGACGCGUGUACAGCGAGGAGGGCAUGUUGAGAAACUUUGGGUUCUUGCUGGCCAUGGGUGGGGAGAAGGACGAUUUUGGAUUCCCAUCCAUCCUCUGACUCUCGGCUUUAAUACUCAGAUUGAGAGGCUCGCUCAGUCCCGACGACGAUUUGUACUGCUCGGCCAGGAAGCGCAAGUGGUCCAAAGGCCUCACGCGUUCCGUCUGAGCCGGAGCGUAGGCGGGGAAGGUGAAUUUGGGCGGGGGGCCCGGCUGAGGGCUGUGUGGUGUCAUCAUGGAAGGUGACAUGGGAACGUAAGGCGGCAGCAUAGCGCCGCCUGAGUGAUAGCAGUUGGGAUGUGGCAGUUGGAGAGGAAAGACGGGGUGAGGAAGACCUGGCUGGAGGUUGGGAUGAUUCUGUGGGAGAACAAAGUGCUUCGUUUAGUCAUACCCCACUAGCUUCUCUGGUGACCUAGUCUGCCUCCAUCAUCCUCUGAUUUAAUCAAACCGGAACUACAAACAUACUCAACGGUCUAUCAUUAGUAUUAAGCAGGAAUUUAGUUACGCAUUCACAUACUGAAUGAGGUUAAUCUAUAAUUGCAAGGGCGUGACCCGGUUGUUAAAGUGUCACGCUCUGGCACUAUUCUGCCUCGACUACCGUAAUUUUCGGACUAUAAGUCGCGUUUUUUUUCAUAGUUUUUCGACUCAGGAGCGACUUAUAUACAUAUAUAUAUGUUUUGUUUUCACUUUUUUGGGCGAUUUAUACUCUGGUGCGAUUUAUAGUCCGAAAAUUACGGUAAACUAUUAUCAGACAUCUACCGGUACUCCGAUACUAAUCCGAAACCCGGACUCAAAAUGGAGCCCAUUGCCCCACCUGCUUUAAACAUCUUUCUUCUCCCCGGCAAGAAAUAACGUGACCAACCUGAUGGUGCAUGGGCAGUGACAUCAUCUUGCGUUUGAGCGCCCUCGCCUCUAUGUCCUCGGCCACGCCGUAGCCGUGGUAACGGUAGUGCUCGACCACAUGCGGCGACACCACGUUCAUCUGCAUUCCCUUCAGGUGGCACUCGUAGGCCAGCAGCAGUCUAUUCCAGAUAGCCCCAUGUCAGUUUCCAGAUUGAAUUGACCCCCUCCCCACUUGACUCACUUCUCGUAAUGGCGGCGGGUGCAGGUGGCGGCGCUGGUGCUGCGAGGGUUCCCUCCUAGCGAGUUGUAGACCUGCUUCCAAAGCUGUUGAGACGUCACCUGUCCGGAGAAAAGUCGUCUCCACGUUACAAAGUUAGACGACAACGGAAAAAUCCCAGAGGUGCUUCGUGACUCGAAGCCAUAAAACGUACCUGGUGAUAACCCCCCAAGUCUCGGACUGUCUUGAACAUCACAAAUAGAUCGACUGGGAAAAAAAGAACAACGGCACCUUAGAGUCCAUUCAAUCACAAUAACGUAAUAAUAGUUGAUGUCCAUUUUUUUGGUUCAGUCUACCAACAAUUUCAAAACACUCAAGUACUUUGUUUGAAGCCCAGAUGAGGGAUCCUCUCGAUGGGUGUGUCUCGCUUCUUCAUGAAAAGGUAGAGAUUGGUCAGAAAGGCCUCCUCGGUCAUGCCCGUCAACUCCCGAAAGUGCUCCUCUGGGACCCCCAGCUGAGCCUUGGCCCUAUGUGCCUAGGAAAGAUCAAUAUAUAUAAAAAAAAAAAAUACUGAUCAAUCCCUUCCCUAAAAUCCUAAUCCUAACCCAAAUCUGCAACCUAUCCUGAAGCCCCAAUUUGCAAACGUAGCUCUAAUCCAUACCCCAACUCUCACCCCUAACUCCAAAUCAUAAUCCCGAAGUGUAAAUCCAAAUGGUUUCGAAGUUCAAAACGACUUCGGAAAUUGCGAUAUGAGGCCAAACCAAAUCCUAACCCAACAUCCAAUCCUAAACCUCAAA